AUGGCGAUCAACAUGGACGAUCUGAUCGGAUCCAUGCAGCACGGUUUUCACGCCGGAGAUCGAGGCAACGAUCUCAAUGAGAUUCGAGAAUCGCUCAAGAUGUCUCUCGGUCAACAGCAGUCCAACACCCCAGCUGUUGGACCUUCAAUUCCGCAAUAUGCCUUCGCAUCACGACGCAAUCCGUUCCAACCACCACCAGGUGCGAGCUCGCUCGAUGCCGACAUAGCCAUGCUCUCGUCUGCUUCUUCGUCAAGCCAACCGUAUCACCACCAGCCGUCUUUGUAUCCACAAUCAUCGUUCUUUGGCAGCCCUGGCGUCGCAGCUGGACCAGCUUCGUGGGGCAGUCAAUCGAGUACGAGCAGCAGCACCGCACUUGGAGGAGGUUACGGAUUUGCAGCUGCACCUGCCAACACACCUCAACAGACACCUGUCGAGACCUCGGCAUUAGCAAGGCAGUUGCAGGCCGAAUUGGAACGUCAACAAACACAGCAGCAGCAACAGUUCGGAGCAGCGGGGAUAGCGAAUCAGUCGCAUUACGCAAUCCACUCAACAGCAGUACCUGGGAACCAAGCGCCGAUUUCGCCGACGUUGAGCAAUGGGAUCACUGGUGGUGGUGUGCAUUCUUCACCCACAUCAUCUACAGAGGCACACGCAGAAACGAGAGCGCCAGCAUCUGGGCUAGCAGAUCAACCGAGAAGCUACGUCAACGGCUUUGUGACACGUGACGAUUCGGCUACACCCGUCGGUCCAGACAGCAUCAGCCCGAACCAACAACACAACCAGCACCAUGGCUUGGCGUCACCAUAA